AUGUGUAAGCGUGACAAACAAAACACCCACACAAUAAGAAUCAUGAGAUCUGCUACUCUUUUUCUGGUUUCUUGUAUUCUCAUGUCUUUCGUUCUGAACCAAGUCAAAGAAGUGGAGGGUGUUGGGACAUCAAACGGCCGCCCGGGCUUCCAGAAGGCUAUUUUUAAGGGACCAUGCGGCUCCAACGGAAGCAAGACGUGCAUAAACGACUUUGUUAAGGAAGGAGGUGAAAGCGACAGGCCUACAAGUUGCAGCUGUGAACCUAUGGGCACAGACCAUUUAUGCAUAUCAUCGACCGUUUCCUUGAGACUCUGCGCAGCUUUCCAGCCAAAACAUUUGUGCGAAAGCAGACACAGAAACAGAGUAAUGGAACGAGUUUUGUCUGUGACCACCAUUUUUCUUGUUCUCGCUUUGCCUGGAAGAUGCAGCGAUGUUAAUAUUUUCAGCAGGAAUGAUUUCCCCCAGGGCUUCGUUUUCGGAUCCGCCACUUCUGCUUAUCAGUGGGAAGGAGCUUUUGAUGAAGAUGGGAAAAAGCCUAGCGUCUGGGACACUUUCCUUCACUCUCGGAACUUAGAUAAUGGAGACAUAGCUUGUGAUGGGUAUCACAAGUACAAGGAAGAUGUGCAGCUGAUGGUGAAAACUGGUUUAGAUGCCUUCAGAUUCUCCAUAUCUUGGUCUAGGCUUAUACCGAAUGGAAGAGGUCCUGUUAACCCAAAGGGUCUUCAGUUCUACAAGAACUUUAUCCAAGAACUUGUAAUCAAUGGAAUUGAACCACAUGUUACACUGUACCACUACGAUCAUCCUCAGUAUCUAGAGGAUGAAUAUGGAGGAUGGAUCAACCGUAGAAUCAUCGAAGAUUUUACUGCUUAUGCAGAUGUUUGCUUCAGAGAGUUUGGUAAUCACGUCAAGUUCUGGACCACGAUCAACGAGCCUAAUAUAUUCGCUAUUGGAAGCUAUAACGAUGGGGCUACACCGCCUGGAGGUUCCGUAGGCUUUAGCAUAUUUGCAAUAGGGUUUAAUCCUUCCACAAGCUCCAAGGAUGAUGAAAUUGCAACUCAAAGAGCCAAAGCUUUCCAUAUGGACUGGAUGCUUAGGCCUCUUGUAUUCGGAGAAUAUCCCAACGAAAUGAAAAGAAGCGUUGGAUCAAGACUACCAGUUUUCUCAGAGGAAGAAUCAGAACAAGUUAAAGGCUCAUCUGACUUCUUAGGAAUCAUUCACUAUUUUGGGGCCAUUGUCACAAACAUCAAAUUCAAACCUUCUCUUUCAAGAAACCCAGAUUUCCGCUCAGACUUGGGCGUGUCUGUCUCUAUCGUUGGGAAUUUUUCGGCUUUCGAGUAUGCUGUUUCUCCAUGGGCUAUGGAAGGUGUCCUGGAGUAUAUAAAGCAGAGCUAUGGCAAUCCUCCUGUCUACAUUCUUGAGAAUGGUAGACCGAUGAAGCAAGAUUUGCAGCUGCAAGAGAAGGACACACCAAGGAUUGAGUACUUACAUGCUUACAUUGGUGCUGUGCUAAAAUCCGUUAGGAAUGGAUCAGACACGAGAGGCUACUUCGUAUGGUCAUUCAUGGAUUUAUACGAGUUACUGAGAGGAUACAAGUUUAGUUUUGGAUUGUACUCUGUAAAUUUCAGCGAUCCUCAUCUCAAGAGAUCUCCAAAACUCUCUGCUCAUUGGUACUCUGCUUUUCUCAAGGGCAAACCCACUUUUCUUGGCUCACAAGGCAUCAAAAAAUGGCAGAGCAACUUCUCUUCUUCAGCUGCAAGUUUCUCCAUCCAAGCAAGUCGGCUAGAGAAAUGUUCGUGGAGAAGCACCUACCUUCCGGAGAAACCUCAAAACAUCAUGAAUCCAGUAGACUCGUGUUGGCGGCUCAAGUCUGACUGGGCCGCCAACCGCAAAGAUCUAGCCAAUUGCGCGGUUGGGUUUGGUUCAUCUGCCUUGGGCGGCAAGAAAGGUAAUAUAUAUGUUGUUACAAACCCUAGCGACAAUGCAGCGAACCCUCAGCCUGGUUCUCUGCGAUACGGUGUGAUCCAAGACAAGCCUCUAUGGAUCACUUUCGCUAAGGAUAUGGUGAUGUUGCUUGGACACAACGAUGGUUUCGUACAAGAUGUAAACAUGAAAGUGACCGUGGCAUUCAAUCAUUUUGGACCAGGACUUGUGGAGAGAAUGCCAAGGGUAAGACGAGGGUACGCUCAUGUAGCAAACAAUAGAUACGAUAAAUGGAUAAUGUAUGCAAUCGGUGGUAGCGCCGAUCCCACCAUUUUCAGUGAAGGCAACUAUUUCAUUGCGUCUGAUAAAUCUAACAGCAAAGAGGUGACAAAGAGAGAAGUGAAAGGAGGGUGGAACAAUUGGAGAUGGAGAACUUCAAAGGACGUUUUCAAGAACGGAGCUUAUUUCGUGCCUUCAGGUUACGGCAGUAUCGUGUUGCCGUACAGUUCUGCUCAGCGAUUCCCAGUCGCUCCGGGAAACAUGGUUCCUUCUCUAACCGCAGACGCUGGCCCUCUAAACUGCAACCGCAACCGUCCUUGUUACUAGUAUAGAAGAGCUAAACGCACACGCCAAAAGAAAAUGCCACAUGUACUCUUUCCACGAGAUGUAUCUAAUUUCUGGUAUAUCACGUUAUUUUUCGUUAUUUAUUAGUUUAGACCGAAUAACGAUAUGUUUCGGUCGGGUGCAUGCUUUUGCCACUUUAGAUGUGGUUAUAACUUAUGAACGAUGAGAUACGUCAAGAGUUUGUUGCACCAAAUGCAUAUUUUAAUUAUUUGUGUAUACAUAUUUAUAAUUGAUAUUUUUCUUGAUCCAGGAUACAAAA